AUGGUUUCUAUAUCUGACUCGAUCAAAAAGGACCACAGGGAGCUGCAGGCAUUCCAUAACCAGAUAGUCAACGCCGAUAAUGAUAUUAUCAAAGCUAGGUUUCAAAACCAGUUUGUAUGGGAGUUGGCUCGUCUUUCUGCAGCUGAAGAGCUGCUACUUUACCCAGCAUUUGAACAGCAUUUAGCAGAUGGCAAGGAGCGGGUAGAUAAGGAUCGCGAGAGACAUCAGCAGACCAAAGAUCAGCUAUUGGAGUUCCAAUCCUUGAAGCCGACAGAUGCAAACUUCGAGCCGACAAUCAACUCUCUCAUGGACAAUCUCUCCACGCACAUGAGAAACGAGGAGGAGGACGAUCUCCCUGCUCUUGAGGACGCAAUCAGCAGUGAGGAUAGCGAAGGGCUUUCCAAAUCUUUCAAGAAAACGAAGUUGUUCAUUCCAACACGCCUACACCCUGCAGGACCCCACCAUCCUGCCUUUGAGAACGUGACUGCGUUUGUCAUGACGCCGGUUGAUAAACUUGCGGAUACUUUCCGCAGGCUCCCUUAA